CAACAAUUUUAUUCAGAAUACAAACCCUAGAAUUGGUUGUUCAAACACCAACUUCUUCUUCUUCUUUCUUGAUCGUGGAAUCGAUUCAACAAGAGAAAACCGACAUUUUAGGCUAGUUCAUCACCCUAUCCGAAUAGUCCUUCGUAUACCUGGUCCUCAUCCCGACUCGUGGAAUUGGUUUGGGUUAUUAUCCGUUUUGUGAUCGUUGUGCUUCUAAUCGAUCUUUGAUGCGAUUCUGAUUGUUUAAGUUCAGGAGUUAGAGCCUCGGCUUAUAGUGGUAUCAAAUUAUGCAAACCGGUCCACUUCACAAAACUUCCAUUGAGUUCGAAGAGCAUACAACGAUCGUGGUCCGAAGAUGAAAGCUUUAAAGACUCGAAAAGGCAAAGUAAAGAGUCCAAUUUCCCAAUAAUUGCUCGACGUAGGAGCUAGAGCUGUCCAUGGAACGAGAAAUGAUGAUCAUUGGUGUUGGAGCUGUUUCAGGCUAAAUACACGGCCAUGUCUCAUGGCCGUGACUCCUGUCUGUGAGACUAGUGAAACGGGCGUUCAUAAGACAGUUAAUCUCACAAUCGUGAGAUCGAGACUAAUUUUGUUGCACAACCUGGUUUUUUUUGUUUCCUUUGCGGAUUAUGUGACUUUUACUCCAGAACUCGGGUUUCCUUCUUAUUUUUGGACCAAAACUUUGUAGCCUAUAUGAGGGGAUGAACUAAAGUCUUUUAGGGGUAAUCAACAAUUUUAUUCGGAAUACAAACCCUAGAAUUGGUUGUUCAAACACCAACUUAUCUUCUUCUUCUUCUUUCUUGAUCAUGGAAUCGAUUCAAUAAGAGGAAACCGACGUUUUCUGCUAGCUCAUCACCCUAGCCGAAUAGUCCUUCGUAUACCUGGACCCCUUCCUGACUCGUGGAUUUGGUUUGGGUUAUUAUCAGUUCUGUGAUCGUUGUUCUUCUAAUCGAUCUUUGCUGCGAUUCUGAUUGUUUAAGUCCAGAAGUUAGAGCCUCGGCUUAUAUCACUCCCACUCACCUAACCAAAGACUACGAAUGUUAUCUCUUACACUAGUCUAGCACUACCAGUUAGCAUUCACUCCAGGACCAAGACAAAAGGUAUCCUCUUUCCUCUGCUCUCUCAUAUCAAACUCUUGCUCCUCACUACAAACACUUUAUUCUCAACAUUUCCUCUCACACUAAACCUAAUACGUAUGAGGAUGCAUCACAAUCAGCUCAAUGGAAUGCUUCUAUGCAGCAAUAAUACAAUUGUCAGCAAGUGGGUCUAUCGCCUAAAGUUUGAAUCUGAUGGUUCCUUGGAUGGAUUUAAGGCCACGGUAGUAGCAAAAGGAAACAAUCAACAAGAAGGGGUUGAUUACCAGGACACUUUUGCCCUAGUGAUCAAGAUGACAACAAUCAGGACAUUUCUGGCCAUUGCUGCUACGAGAAAUUGGCAUGUUCACCAGCUAGAUGUGAACAAUGUCUUUCUUCAUGGAGAUCUCCAGGAGGAAGUCUACAUGACUUUACCAAAUGCAUAUGAUCCCCCAACUGGUUCUUGAAACUCACAGAUAAACUACAUCAGCUUCAGUAUAUCUAGAGCAAGACAGACCACUCUCUCUUCUUCAAAGCCACGGACUCCAGCUACACUAGUAUCCUAAUCUAUGUGGAUGACUUGUUUCUUGGUGGUAAUGACAUACAAGAAAUUAAAAAUCUCAAGACAAAACUUCAUUCUACUUUAGCAUCAAUUUUGAAGACUAUCCAUCACAAAUUUUGGUCGAUUCUUUUGACUGCAACUAUUUAUAGAAUUUGAAGGCCAUCCAUCACAGAUUUGGGUCAAUUCUUUUGAAUGCUUUUAUUCACCGAUUUUUAAGACUAUCCAUCACAGAUUUUGAAAAAUUAUUUUGAAUGUUAUAAUUCACCAAUUUUGAGAAGUCUAUCCAUCACAAAUUUUAACCGAUUUACAAUGCCAUCCAUCCCAAAUUUGGGCCAAUUUUCGGAAAUGCUAUUUUUCACCGAUUUUGAAGGCUACCCAUCAUUGAUAUUGACCGACUUUUUAGAAUGCUAUUUUCACCGAUUUUCAAGUCAGACUUUGUCGUAUUCCUUUGAAUGCUAUUAUUCAACCAAAUUUGAAGGCUAUGAAUUACAUAUUUUUGGUUGAUUCUUUUGAAUGGAAUUAUUCAUCGAUUUUGAAAGCAAUCUGUCACUGUUUUUGGCAGAUUCUUUUGAAUGAUAUUAUUCACUGAUUUUGAAGGCUAUACAUCACAUAUUUUUGCAGAUUAUUUAGAAUGCAAUUAUUCACCAAUUCUAAAGGCUAUCCAUUAAAGAUUUUGGCCAAUUUUAGAGAAUGCUAUUUUUCACCUAUUUUGAAGGCUAUCUAUCACAUAUUUAUUUUGGGGAAUCCCAUUUUACAUCGAUUCCGUCAUAGAUUUUGGUCGAUUCUCGAAUGCUAUUAUUCAUCGAUUUUGAAGCCCAUCCAUUACAGAUUUAGGGCACUUUUUCUAAUGCAAUUAUUUACAAGUUCUAAAGGCUAACCAUCACAAAUUUUGGCCAAUUUUGAGAAAUGCUAUUUUCAUAAAUUUGAAGGCUGACCAUCACAGAUUUUUGCCGAUUAUUUUUAAUGAUACUAUUCAUCAAUUUUGAUGGUCAUCCAUCACAGAUUUUGGCCUAUUAAUUUGAAUGCUAUUAUUAACCGAUUACGAAGGCUAUCUAUCACAGGUUUCAACCACUUGAUUUCAAUGCAAUUAUUCACUAAUUCUAAAGGCUAUCCAUCGCAAAUUUUGACUGAUUUUUGGGAAUGUUGUUUUCACUAAUUUUGAAAUUUAUUCAUAACAAAUUGUGUCCAAUUUUUUAAAUGCUAUUAUGAACCAAUUUCGAAGGCUAUCCAUCACAGAUUUUGUCUGAUUUUUGGGAAUGCUUCUAUUUGACCGAUUUUGAAGGCUAUUCAUAAAAGAUUUUAUUCGAA